UCUCACAGCUGGUAGUUAACGCAGGAGGGGCUGCUGCUGUAAUUGACUGUAUUGGCUCCUGCAAAGGGAACACACGGCUGCCUGGCAUCAUGAUGCUUGGUUACGUAGCAGCUCAUUCUGAGAACCUAGCAAUGGCAGUCAUCAUUUCUAAGGGUGUACCCCAGCUGUCAGUCUGCUUGUCAGAAGAACCAGAAGAUCAUAUUAAGGCUGCCGCUGCUUGGGCUUUAGGACAGAUUGGAAGACAUACUCCUGAACACGCACGGGCUGUUGCAGUCACAAAUACUUUGCCAGUUCUGCUUUCUUUGUACAUGUCAACAGAAAGUUCUGAGGAUCUUCAAGUAAAAAGUAAAAAAGCCAUAAAGAAUAUCCUGCAAAAGUGCACCUACCUACCAGCCCUCGAACCAUUUCUGUAUGAUGCUCCUCCCAAUAUCCUGAAGCAUGUGGUUGGACAGUUUAGUAAGGUGCUGCCACAUGAUAGCAAAGCUCGACGACUUUUUGUAACAAGUGGUGGCCUUAAAAAAGUUCAAGAGAUAAAAGCAGAACCUGGUUCUCUCCUUCAAGAUUACAUCAACAGUAUUAACAAUUGUUACCCAGAGGAAAUAGUGAGGUAUUAUUCCCCUGGAUAUUCAGAUACUCUUCUGCAGAGGGUGGACAGCUAUCAACCACUUAUUAACUAAGCAAAGUUGUAGUCUGAUACUCAAAUUCACAGCAGAGUAGUUAUGAGUAACAGUAGUUAAAUCUUUCUAAAUAUUUGAACUAAGUAUAUUCUAGAUGUAUUUAAUGGGAAAUACCUUUAGAUAAUAUUUUCUAAAUUUAUAUAAUACUUUAAAUAUUAGUAGCUUGAAUGAGGAACUAUUCAUGGUCAUUCAAGUGCGUAGGAUUUGCUCUAAAGGUAGAUUUUAAAAACACGUUAAAGGGCUUUAAGGCAUUUAUUAUUCUGUUAAAAACCACACACACUCGUAAAUGCAGACACCUCCAAUGAGAUACAGAUAAGAGAUGGUGUUCCAAAACCCUAAAUUAUUCUUGCCAAUUUCUCAUAGGCAUAAGCAAGGAAAACUGGUCUUGCUAACUAUAUAGUAGGAUAGAGAAGAGAAAUCUUUCAAAGAGGAAACUGAUGACAGAUACAUAGGGCACUUGAAGGAGACUCUGAUGCUAGUUGCUUAAGUAUGUUAACUUAAGACACAGACUGUACGGGUAACCUGUUAGGUUUUGCCAAGAGUUUAGGAAGAAUUUACUCCUCUUUAUCACAAGUUGUCCAAACUCCCUUCCCCACCCUAUCUAACGUGUUCCUUGCCUUUCAUGGGGCCAGUGACGGUAGAAUUCAGAAUAAAGAGUUAUACUCCUGCAGACAUGCUCUCCCUCUCAUUGAAAGGUUUCUUAGUCUAGCUCUGCUCAUGAAUAAACAAAGAAGCAGGCAUGUAAAAUGGACCCUUGUCCUAGCUUCACUUUCCCAAGUUUCAAAAGCCACAUAUUCAGGGAUUUAAGGAAUAAUUUGAAGAUAAUACCAUCAGGCUCAGACUUUAAAUACAUUUUCACUUAGGAAGCGGUAAAGGGGCGAAAGAGAGUUUCAAUAAAAUUUUAAAUAAAAACAGCA